CGCUGCCAGCGCACAUGUUUGUCCGUCCCUCGUUCUCCCGGCCAUUUCAUCUUUCUCUCAGGGCCGUCGAUCUAUCUGUCACAGCCUCGACGUUCGCGGUCGCAUAGCCGGAAGCAAAACCCGACUUUAUUACGAUGACGUUCACGUUCGAGACGCACUCGUUUGUCCAUCCCCCGCACGGGCUCGUCAACCUGGCGAACCGCUAUGUCACGCAGAACAGGAACAACUCCGCAUGUCUGACGUUGAUCUUUACGCAUGGGACUAGCUUUCACAAGGAGCAAUGGGAGCCUACAAUUCACAAGCUGCUACAGCUCGACGCAGAGGGGCCGAACGUCAUCCGGGAAGCGUGGGCGCUGGAUUUAUUCAACCAUGGUCAGGCAGCACUGCAGAAUCGGAGGGUCAUCAAAGAGCAUGGGAUUGUGUGCUGCACGGACUCGCAGACGGAGAUGACACGCAACUUUUACACCCUCCCCCGCUUCCGCGGCCACCGCAUCGUCGCAGUCGCUCAUUCUGGGAGCAGCACAUACUGGGUAAACUCCGGACGGUACUACAACAAGCUCCCAAUCGAGGGGAUAAUCAUGGUCGACCCGACGCUCAUGUUUCCCGGCAUGCCACCCGACGACUGGCGCGUCAAGCGCGGCAUCACGAACACCAAGGGGGUUCUCGCGCGCAACGACAAUUGGAAGGACUUUGCGACGCUGCGCGCGUUCAUGGCGCGCCGCUCGCCGUGGAAGAAGUGGGAUCCGCGGGUGCUGGAGCUGUAUCUUAAACAUGCGUUCACGGAGGCCGUCGAUGAGGAGGGUAAGCCGUGCGUCAACCCGACGCUGAGGAAGGAGGAAGAGGCAAUUCUAUACCCGUCCGAGGCACAUACAGUCAAUCCAGCGGAUGUAGCGAAAAUUGCAAGGCAGCUUCCGCUGCACUAUAUCUGGGCGGAUUUCCCUGAAUUCGUCAAAGACAACGCAAAGGCGGACAUAUGUGCCGCUGCCGAGAAUAAGCUCGCGUCUGUUAGGAAGGUACCUGGCGCUGGACACCUUAUACCCCAAGAAAAACCGGACGAUCUUGCCCUUGCGAUCAGCGCCAUUCUCCCAUCGUUCGCGGCUGCGCCGCUGAAAGCGUCCCUAUGAACCUACGACCACAUAUCCCUCGUAUACCAACUCUGCGCCCGUCUGCCAGAGCAGCUUACAUCUGACUACGUGCUUUAUUUUCAUCACGGAAAGAAUAGACCAGCAUCUGCUGAAC